UUGACAGUAUAGAAAUACAUCAAUCACUGUAUACUUUAUUACUCAAGAUUUAUCGCGUUUUAUUGCAAAAACGAGACACAAACACAAUUUCCUAAUUUAACAUAUAGUUUCUAAUACAUACGAGGCGUUACUAAGCUUGCAACAUGAAUACAAUCAAGAAAGAAACCUCUGAUCCUUCGUUAAAGCUGCUAAGCUGCCGAGCUUGCUUAGCUACCGAUAUUAAAUUGUUUAACAUAUACGAAAAUAAACUUUCAGAAGCUUUUACUCAUAUCACAGGGAGUCCCGUGCUGUUAUCAGACGGGUUGCCCCAGCAUCUGUGCUGCUACUGCCGCAGCGCUCUGCUCAAAUGCAGAAUGUUCAGGGCCCGAAGCCUCCGCGCACAGCACUGUCUUAAGGCAGUACCUUUGCAAAUUGAGCUAACCACAGACUAUAUCCGAACCAUAGACCGCAACUCUCACCAGCUUGUCUACCUAACACAAACAAAAAUCGAAACCACAGACUAUAGAGACAUCCUUGAAUUAGAUGUAAAAAAAGAAGAAUCAGACAUAGACAAUUUCAUCCCAGAGUCUGACGAAUUGAAAAUAGAAUAUGAAAUCAAAGACAAACUAGAAUGCAUAGACAAUGAUGGAGAUUUCAGUGAUGACAACACAGAACAGAUAUUUGUUGCCACAAAUCCGGUGAGAGAUGUAAAAGUUAGAAAGGGAAGGAAGAAAAAAAACAAAAAUAGAAGAGAAGAGAGUUAAGAAGAAGAUAAAGAAGAGGACGUCAGAUAAUGAUUAUUUACCGGACUUCGAUUUUGCUAAGUUUGAGAGUAGUUAUAGUGUUGAAAUUAUUGCUUUGACAAAGGUAAGGUUUAUUUUAGCAAGUAUUCAGUUAUUGCCAAAACUAUUUACUGUACUUAAUAAUUUUUGUGUAAAUUUACAUAUUUGCAUUUUCCGUUAUAAUCACAAAUAAUUCUCCAAUAAUCGUUCAUCCAUAGUACAACUUAAAUAAACUUUCGUAAAUCGAAAAUAUAACAGUUAUGACAAAAAAAUGGAUAAAAACUAUCUACCUUUUGUGUGUCGCUUACGAACGUUACGACUUCCACACUGGUUAAUGACAAUGACUUUUUCAUUUUUAUCAAUUCAUUAGGCGGGUCCGCACAGAGCGAGCAGCCUCGCGAGAAAAUUUCCUCGCACGGCAAACGACGGGCCUCGCGCGGCCG